CUUUCUCUAUCGUUGAUAGGUGCCUGUUCAAAGAUCAUUUGCCAGUUCGACGCAUUAUUUUUCAAGCUGUGUUUACAUGUCGUGCGGCGAUACGGGUCGUGAUUUUAUACAAUCUAAUUCUUAUUUUGAAUCAUACGAGGAAGCCGUCAAGCUGAUAUUUCGCAAAGGGAACUAUGUAUCAACAAAACAGUGAAUUUAAUAAGUGCAUUAAUGCAUGGAUAGGUGAAUAGAUUAAUUGAUGAUAAAAUUAUAUGAUUUGCACCCCUCCCCUCCACCCUUACUCGAUCUGCCUCUGUCUGUUUCUCCUCUGUGAACUUCAACUUUGACAUCGAGGCGUGGAUAUAAACUACAUGGACAUAUUAUAAUUGAUAACAGUAUAGUAGCUGAGGCCCGUUAUUCGAAUUUGGAAUGAGAUUGAGUACAUCAUGUCGACAGCAAGCAAUGUUUCUGAUGAGAUCUAUGAUAUCUGUAUCAUCGGGGCUGGUAUAACGGGAUCAGCAGCAGCACGGUGGACGUCGUCUCUGCAGAAGAACAUCAAAGUUUGUCUGAUUGGACCAAAUGAACCACUCGAACAUGAAUGGAAUGACCCUUCACGAACAAUCUUUGGUGCUCAUUACGACGAAGGCCGAGUAAUGACCGAGAUAUGUAUGAAUAAUAUACACGAUUCAUGGAUAGAAUUUACCCGACGAUCCAUUGCAAGAUUCAAAGAUCUUGAACAGGAAUCAGGUAUCAGUUUCUUUACGGAAGACACCAAUAUAACCAUAUCAGACGAUUCAGUGGUCAAGGAACUAUGGAGAAAACGUCAGGAUAGAAGCACAGCACGGUGUUACCGAGGUGACGAAUUGUCCAACGCAAUACCGUCUUUCAAACCAUUACCCGAUGGUAUUUCUGCCAUUACAGAGACAACAAACGAAGGUUAUAUGAAUCCGCGUGCUUACAUCGCUGCAAACAAGCUUUUAGCUUCUCGAAAUGGAUGUAAGAUUGUCGAGGAGGUGGUGCUGGAAGUCAGAGAGGAUGACAAUGUCCCCGAUGACGAUGGUGACGAUAAAAACACUAAAUCAAGCAGACGACUUGUGAUAGCAAGAACUAUGACCGGACGCGCGUAUCGCGCCCGACGCAUUCUUUUAUGUCCCGGUGCAUUCGUCAAUUUUGACGGUCUGCUUCCGAACGGAUUGGAGGUAGAUGUAUCGACGACGACGGAGAGAGUUGUACUACUGGAGAUCAACGACGAGGAUGUCGAGCAUCUGUCGAAGUUUCCAUGUGGUAUUGUCGAUCUGAAUGAUGGCCAUGAUACCCGGAACUGUUAUUUUAUGCCCGCCAUUAAAUAUCCAGACGGGAAAUAUUACAUGAAAAUAGGACAGGGGCCCGAUAUGAACCUUCCCUUGGUUAGUAAUGAUGCCAUCACUGCGUGGUACAAGAAGAAAGACGACAUCCCUACGACCGUGCAAGCAGAAUUGCUGUCGAGGUUCUUCGUGUGGGCAGAAGACAUCAAAUUUAAAUCAACGAGAACUUCGACCUGCGUCAUCACCGACACACCGACAAGCCGUUUUUACUGCGACAUGGCGACAUCGAACAUCGGCAUCGUAGUCGGAGGCAACGGCAGUGGAGCUUGCGUUGGUGAUGAGAUAGGUAGGAUGGGUGCACGGAUGAUCCUUAAAGGGGCCUGGGACCAUGAUUAUCCCGCUGAGCUCUUUAAACUCAGGUACAAAGACAAAGGAAGUCAAGAAAAGUCUACCUAAAGUUCGGAUAUUUGCAAGAGAUAUUUAAACCUAUCGGGUUUGUCGACCACCAAAUGAUAGUGACAGAUUUUAUGUGUGUUUGUUAGCAUUUCAUUUUGUUGUUUACCUGUCUAUCUUAUUGUUUCGGUGAUAUUUCCCAUCGAUACAUUUGAAAGGCGAUUACUUUAUUUCCAAAUGGGAUGCAUAAUAUCAAGAGUUAAUCUCUUUUCCAAAAGUGUGAUUAUCGCAACGAUACUAAUUUCCAUGUUUUUGUGCCUUGACAGAUCCAUUAAUUUAAUCAUUAAAAGUGGUACUUGAAACAGGGCAUCUUGAUAGGUCAAUUUUUAAGCAAGUGAUCAAGUAAAAAUGAAUACAAGCCGGGAUUACAAGUUACAUGUCAUUUCGACACUACAUGGUUUUUUGAUCACCUAUUUGAAUAGCGCCCCCAUCCGUCGUUUGCAAUAUAUCAACAAGUCAUGGUUCUAAUAGUACCAGUGGACUAAUCUAUCCCAUAAUUGUUUUUUUUAGAGUAAACAAGAUAACGAAGUAAAUACUUUUUUAACGAGGCCAUUUUGUGCUUUAAACCCUGGUAUUUCUAAUAAUGUGUUGAUAAGUUUAUCAUAACUUACAAUGACAUCUACAUGAAUGUAAAAUAGAGCGUGCUGCGAUUAAAAAAUAAUAUAUCCCAGCGUAAAUAAGAAAUAAACCAUAUAAUGUAUUUUAUCGUUUUAUUUAAUUUCCUAUUUUAUCAAAGCCAUUAUCGAUGAAUAUUCUGAAAUACACGGUGAAGAGAGAGUAGUAAACAUAAUCUAGUAAAUAUUAUGUAAACGAAUAAAAUGUUAAAUGAAACGAAAUUCUAAUAAAAACUUGCUGUAAUGUAGAAUAAUGAGGCUUAAACUUUUAUAAUCAUGCGGAUUUAUUUUCUACUGAUCAUCGUUUAAGUUGUUAUAAAACAGAUUCCAAUUCAUAAUUUUCAUUCUGUUGUUUUCUUUUGCAUUAAUAUAUGUACACGUACUAUAUUAUACUUUCACUUUCACUUUGAUGUUAACAUAGUUAUUGUUUCAUUAUGUAUCGUGAUCAGUCAAAUUCUAAAUAAUUCUUUAAAAAAAAUCAGAUAAAAAACUACAUACCGUACGUAUACAAUAAAACAAACUCUAUAUAGAUAUAGUUUUUUUGAAUAAUUUAUAAAUGCAACCUCCUUAUCCGGAUUAUUCUGCUAAAUGGUAACAGCCUUUCCUUUAUACACAAAAUGUCAAAUUAUAGGUCAACCUGUCACGUGAACUUCCUGAAAUUCUCCUUUCCCAUUUUAACCAUUCCAUCAAAACUGUUGCUUCCUCCUUUCCCUCGUUUUAAUGGGGUUUCCAAAAACACCAUCUAGUACACCCAGGUGCUUUUUCAGCUUCAUUUGAGAUGCCCUUAAAAGCUACUGAAGUCUCCCCGUCGAUAUUGUGCCACCAUUUUGGUAUCGGCAGAUGUAGAGGUUGUCGCCUUGCGGGGGCCCUCCUUUAUUGCGCAAAAACCAGGCGAGCAGCCUUCUUAAAUCACUGGACAUUAUUUCUAGCCUUGGCGCACAUCACUGUCAAAGAUAUUCCAUGAUUCAUUGGCAGCGUAAAUGCUCAAAGGACAAGUCCAUCCCAACACAAAAUUGAUUUGAAUAAAAAGAGAAAAAUUCAACAAGCAUAACACUGACAAUUUCAUUAAAAUCGGAUGUAAAAUAAGAAAGUUAUAACAUUUUAAAGUUUCACUUAAUUUCACAAAACAGUUAUAUGCACAUCCUGGUCAGUAUGCAAAUGAGGAGACUGAUGACAUCAUCCACUCACUAUUUCUUUUGUAUUUUAUUAAAUGAAAUAUUCUAAUUUUUCUCCUCAAUGUCAAGUGAAACAACUAUUAUUCCUCCCUGAACAUGUGGAAUUAGCACUGUUUAAUACUAAAUGGUACAGUCAAGUUGGUCCUUAUUGUCAAAUCUGUAAAAAAUAAAAUAUUGUAUAAUUCAAACAAUAAAAAAAAAAUAGAAAUAGUGAAUGAGGGACAUAAUCGUCUGUCUCAUUUCCAUGUCACUGAGUUGUGCAUAUCACUAAUUUGUGAAAAAUAAGCGAAAGUUUAAAAUGUCAUAACUUUCUUAUUUUACAUCCGAUUUUGAUGAAAUUUUCAGCGUUAUGCCAGUCUAAUUUUCUCUUUUUAUUAAAAUCAACAUUUUUUUGGGAUGGACCUUUAAGGAAAUCUCCUUAUGAUGUCAAGAAGUCGAGCGCAGGUGACAUCCCCCCCCCCGAAUACUUUGACACAUUGAUGCUUCGUCGGCGAUACAUUACUGUUUUGCAAUAGGAAAUAAAUAAAUCCUUUAAUGCAAAGAAAAAAAAUUGUAUAAAAUGGACAAACAUUAGAAAGGAUUGAGGCAAUUAAUAUUAAAUCUUAUGGCCGUGCAAACUUGUGCACAUCAACUUUA